GGCUUUUGGCUUUAUGUGUUUUUUGUCUAUAGAGCAAGUGAGAAAGAAAAGAAAAGCAACAGGAUCAAAAUAGUAGAAGCAAACUAGUUCUUAUAAAGACCUACCUAAACCACUCAAAACACCUCCCCCCAUCUCCCUCUUUAGAUUUCUUUUUUGGGUUUUUCUUUUUCUUUCUUUCUUGGAAAGAUCUUUGGUAUAGUCCAUUGGUCAAGUGUUAGUAUAGUGCUUAGUAUAUAUGGAUAGCCAAAGAAACUCUAAUCUUAAUUGGGCUUACUACCGCCAAGUGAAGAGCAUGGAAGAGCUAAGGCAUUCACUUUUGUACACAAGUUUGGAGCUUGAACAAACAAGAUUAGCAGCUCAGGAUGAGUUGAGAAAAAGAGAUGAUCAGUUGAUCCAGCUUAAAGAUCUUCUUAGCAAAAUGAUAAGAGAGAGGGAUGAGGCAAUUGAAAAAUGCCAAAGACUACUCCUUGAAAAGCUCUUACUUCAGCAGCAACAGCAACAACAAAAUGCUCCUUUAUCAGGAAUUUCAAGCAUAGAAGAUGAACCCAGAAGAGCAAUUGAUUCAAACAAUGGUUUUUCAUCAUCAGAUUGUGAAGAAAGCAUUGUUUCAUCACCAGUUAUUGAUCAAAUUCCACCACAAUUGCCACCAACAGCUCCAUCAUCAUCAGUAGUAGCUCCUCAAGGAACAACAUUAGAAAUGGUACCUCAGAAACCUUUACCUGAAAAGGGAAAGCUAUUACAAGCAGUAAUGAAAGCUGGUCCUCUUUUACAAACACUACUUCUUGCUGGACCACUUCCUCAAUGGAGACACCCACCACCACCACUUGAGUCAUUUGAAAUCCCACCUGUUACUAUCCCUUCACCGCCAGCGCCACCGCCACCGCCACCGCAACCACAACUCCUCCACCAAGACUCUUUAAUUAACAUUAAUGGUUGCAAUAGGAAAAGGGUUCUACUUUGUGAUGGCUCUGACUCACCUACAGAGACCAAACAUCAAAGAAUACUUCUCCACUGACCAUUACUAAAAUUUCUAUAAUUUAUAUAUAAACAUCUUUAUAUAUCAUUUUAAUUCUACUGAAGAUUAGUGAGGGAUGGAAUUUGAAAUGUUGGGUAUGUGACUGAUUAGCAUUUUGUACAGGAAGUUUGGUAUUUUUAUUUUUGUUUUAGAGAAGAAACUAUUCCAAGUUGACUAAAAGGUGGAGAGAAGAGAAGAGUAGUAGAAGAUGUUGGGCUUGUCCUUGGCUUUUUUUGUGCCAGUGUCUUCUUGGACUGGAGAUUUUUUGUCUCUUUUUUGGUUUUCCAUCUUCUGCACAUGUUAGUCUUUUUGGCUUCUUCAUGAUGUGAAAGGGGAAUUGGUUUCUCCAGAAUUGCUUGCUUGCAUUGGCAUGUAAAAUGUAACUUUAGGUGCUGAGCUAGUUUACUGAUAGUAAGUUAAGUGUGUAAUCUUGAGAGAAAAAGACAGGUUGAUCAAGAUCAGGAAAAACAAAAUGAUGGGUGUGAAGUUGUUAGGAUUGGAAGAUGGGGUAAGGCCAACAACCAAUAGGUCUCAGAGACCUGCUUGUCGGGUUUAGUGGAUCCCACAAAUCAGAAUCAGGAUCUGCUACUGGUGUGAUGUAUGAUUAUAUUACUUUUUUUUGGAGGUGAUGAAUAUGAUUAUAUUUAAAGUCUUAAUCUUA